AUGAAUAAAGCGGACAUUGAUGGCCUUACAGUUCAAGAAUGGAAACUGUUAGAAGGAUAUGUUGAAGUUUUACGAUCUAUUGCUAAUUUUACUGCUGAAAUGGGUAGCCGAUCCAAACCAACUCUUUCUAUGGUAUUACCAGUUUUAUUUGAAAUUAAAUCUUCACUAGAAGAUAUUAUUAAAAAAGCGCCUAAAGGAACAGGAAUAUUAUUUGCAAGGAAACUUUUAGCCAUUAUAAAAUUAAGAUUCAUUGAUUCAAACUACUGGGAGUCACCUUUGUACAGAAUAGCGAUGUUGCUGGACCUAAGGUUUAAGAAUACACUUCUUAGCAAUAAAGACAGUGCUUCUUUAUUAGAAGAAAAGGCUAUAGAAGCACUGAGAGAAAAUACUAAAAGUACUACAUUUGAAACUAAAGUUCAUAUCAAUCAAUCUUUGCCAGAAUCUUUUACAAAGAGAAGCAAAUGGGGACAUCUAAAGAAAAAAGUUAAUAUUAGAAACAUUAACUCUCCAAAUGAAGAGACGAAAAUCAGAAUAGAGGUCGAGAAUUACUUAAAAUCACCCACAAUUAGCGAACAAGAAGAUCCGCUUACAUGGUGGAAAGUAAAUGCUUUAACUUUUCCAUUUUUGGUACCUCUUGCACGUCGUUAUCUUGCCAUCGCUGCAACGGAAACUUCUAGCGAGAGAGUGUUUUCCGUGGAAGGAAAUGUAGUCACUAAUAAAAGAACAAAUUUAUUGGCCGAGAAU